ACUGAUAGCCAUGGAAUCCUCAGAAAAUGGAUUGCCAUAUCCUUCAUCCAUUUUUGGUGUCCUGGUGCAGUGCAGGCUUUCCCAAUAGCAGCAAUGCCUACUCCACAACCAGUCUUCAUCUUGGGUGGCAUAAGUAUAGUGACAAAUAAUAGUACGUGACAAUUUACACCUAUGGCAACUUCAAGGACAGCAGAUCUGAGCUUCCCAAAUUUACACCUAUGCCAAAUGAAAAAAAUACAAAUAAAAAUAAAAAUAAACGAAAAACUACUUGUCUUUUCCUUUUAGCAAAUUGAUAGGAAUUAAAUAUGUUUUAAGAUGACAGUUACGGUAAACUACAGUAGCCAUGUGUGACUUUUGGCGUAAAACAAUAAAAACCCUCUUCUGAGCGUGCACCACCUGCAGAGUCAUCGUCUUCUUACAAUUAGAGCUUCCAGAGAGCAAGAGAGAGAGAGAGAGAGAGAGAGAGAGGGGUUGAACUACUAGGGCUUGCACCUUUGAGUUGCGGUCGCUGUUGAUCUGGAAAGGAGGACUGAGGUGUAUCUGAGUGAUCACAACGGUAAAGAAGCAAAGUUGGUGGCAUGGGAGUGGAAAAUGUCGCUGAUCUUCCACCUCUGGACCCAGCUGUUGUUUUGAUUGGAACAGCAAAGGGAGGUAAUGUUGGACCUCCUAGCGGUCUUGUUGACAUUGGUGUGAGUGAAGCUGCCUACCUUUUUCGAGUUGCACUUCCUGGUAUUCGGAAGAAUGAAUGUAGGGUAAAAUGUGAUAUCCAACGUGAUGGAAAGGUUCAUAUAGAAGGAAUCAUGACAGGUGUCGGACUUUUGAGAAACUCGUCAACUGUGUACCAUUCGAGAGUCCAGCAACUAUGCCCACCGGGAGAAUUUAGCAUAUCUUUCCGUCUGCCUGGACCUGUUGACCCCCGUUUGUUUUCUCCUUAUUUCCGGCAUGAUGGAAUCCUGGAAGUGGUGGUUAUGAAAGGCAGAGCACCUCUACCCUGAGAAGCCAGGUUUCCAAAUCUGUGAGGUUAGUGGAAGGACACUCUCUUAGGUUAUGGCGUUUAGUUUUGCUUGAAGUGCAAAUGGGGAUAGUUGUAAUGAGGGAAGAAAAUGCAUGCAUACAAAGAUGUUCUGUCUUGUUUGGAAAAAGGCAGUGUGUUUUAAUUGGCGCAGUGAUGCAUAGAGUCAGUUUGAGGAGAAAAUCAGACUUUAUAUAAAUGGAUAAUGAAGUUCAAAUAGCUAGAUUGUUUAAUACAAAGAAUUAAUUGGAAACUCAAAAUCUGGGGUCAAGCUUUUAACCCAGAUCAUCCUUUA